AUGGCAGCGAGUGCGACGACAGGGGUGAUGAACCCUCUCCUUGGCAAGCUCACCAAGCUGCUCGGCGAAGAGUACAGGAGGCUCACCGGUGUGAGGAAGCAGGCAUCCUUCCUCCAGGAUGAGCUAAGCGCCAUGAAAGCUCUUCUUGACAGGAUGGAGCUUAUGGAUAAGCUCAAUCCCUCGGCCAAGAACUGGAGGGACCAUGUUAGGGAGAUGUCCUAUGAUAUGGAGAAUUGCAUCGAUGACUUCAUGCAUGAUACUGAAGACGCCUAUGAAAAGAAAGGCUUCAUCAGAAAGAUGGCUCAGCGUCUCAGAAGGUUGGGGAGGCGUCAUCAGAUCGCAAGCAGGAUCAAGGAGCUCAAGGUUCUUGUGGUGGAGGUGAAUGCUCGACGUGAGAGGUACAGGAUUGAUGAGUUCAUCAACUCGAGUCCUAGCAUCGUGGUUACGGAUCCCCGUAUUUCAAUGAUCUACAGGGAGAGAGAAGGCAUCAUUGGUAUUGAUGGCUCGAAAGAAGAGCUUGUUGGCUUGUUGAUGGAUUCUAAGAAGAAACUCAAAGUGGUUUCCAUCAUGGGGUUCGGAGGUUUGGGUAAAACUACGCUUGCCAAGCAAGUGUAUGAUGAGAUUGGAGGACAGUUUAACUGCAAGGCAUUUGUUCCAGUCUCUCAAAGACCUGAUGUUAAAAGUCUUCUGACUGGCCUACAAUUAAAGCUUGGGAUGGAGGAUUCUUCUCAUGCUCAAGAGUUGCAAGACAUCAUUGACCGCCUAAGAGAAUACCUAAAACAUAAGAGGUACUUAGUUUUAGUUGAUGACUUGUGGGAUGAACCAACAUGGAAUAUUAUUAGUUGUGCCUUUCCAGAACAUGGUAAUGGAAGCAAAGUAAUGGUAACCACACGAUUAGAUGACAUAGCUCUCUGGGCGUGUCAGAAUGAUCGUGCGUGCAUUUACAAAAUGAAGCCACUCAAAGAACAAGACUCAAGACAUUUAUUUUUUAAUAGAGUAUUUGGAUCCAAAAAUGACUGUCCAGAACAUUUUAAAGAAAUUUCAGCUCGAAUUCUCAGGAAGUGUGGCAGAUUGCCACUUGCAAUUAUCACCAUAGCUAGCAUCUUAGCUAGCCAAGAAGCAAGAUCACCGAAUGAAUGGGAGAGUAUAGUGAGUUCCCUUGGUGCCAAGAUUUCUACAAAAUCCACCUUCGAAGAGAUGAGGGGUAUACUGAACCUUAGUUACAUCCAUCUUCCUGCUCAUCUUCGUCCAUGUUUUUUGUACCUUGGCAUGUACAUGGAAGACCGUGAGAUCAUGAGGGAUGACCUGGUUCGACAGUGGAUAGCCGAAGGCUUUGUGUGUAAUUUGCACGGAGUAGCUUUGGAUGAUGUUGCAUUAAGUUAUUUCAAUGAGCUUAUCAAUAGAAGUCUGAUUCAGCCCAAAGAGACAUUUGGUGGGGAGGUAAUUUCCUGUAGAGUACACGAUAUGAUGCUUGAUUUUAUCCUCAGCAAAAGUGCAAAAGAUAAUUUUAUCAGUGUAACAUAUAACUAUGAAGACAUGGCAAGAUUGCACAGUUGCGAGUACAAGGUUCGUCGAUUAUCUCUGAAAUAA